UACAGUUUUUCUCAAUCGAUUUGGUACAUUUCUCCAAACUCAGGUAACAGCUCUCAAAACAGUUAACACAGUGAUCAGUACACUUUGUAAUUGUCCUAAACAGAUAGUAAAUUCUCCUUCAUUUCAUACAAAUCACAAAUCAAAAGCAUAAUUUUCUCAAAACACUGUGCACAAAAAUCCCAAAUUUCAUCACAGCAGUUCAUACAGCCAACCAAAUCUUUAAUAUAUCAGGAAAAACAUUUGUAACUUUUUCAUUGUUCUUCACAAAGAUCACAAGCAUUUGUGUACCAUUUUCAAAGCACAGCAAACAAAAAAAUAGUCAGUUGCACACCUUGUGUCUUCAAUUAACGGCAAAUUGUUAUCUGAUGAGUUAGUAAUCCACUCAACACAGAAAAAGCCAAUUUCCUAAUUGUUCACACAGCUGUCUUACAUAAUUACAACAACUACAAAAGGGGAAGAGAAGAAGAACAAAGAAGACAAAUGAGGAGAUACAGUAAGACAAAAAAAAGAAGUAUGAGCAGUGAAAACAGAAGAGGUUUAAGAGUGAGAGGUGGUGGCCAGGGUAGAGGGAGAAGAGGAAGAGGAGAUAGAGAAAGUGAAAGAAGAGCUGAAGAUGUAGGAGGAAGAGCUGAAGAUUUAGGAGGAAGAGCGAGAAGAGCUGAGGAUGUAGGAAGAGGAGAAGAGAUUGAAGAGAUGGAUAGAUUGGAGGGCAAUGGUAUAGUGGAAAGAGAAAAUAUAAGAAGAGGUGGACAGGGAGGAAGAGGAGGCCAAGGUGUAAGAGGAGGGAGGAGAGAUAGAAUGAGGGUAGGGUACACACGUGUUUCAAAUGAAAUCAGAGCCACACUUAUUGACCAUGUCAUAAAUCAUGGUCUCUCACUGAGAGAAGCUGGCCAGAGAGUUCAGCCCAAUAUAAACAGAUCCACAGUGGCUUCAAUUAUCCGUACAUUUCAGAGGGAAAACCGAAUUGAAGUUAGAGAACAUUCAGGUGGACGAACAAGACUUUUUUUCAGUUGAACAAGAGCAUGCCAUUGUUGACAUGGUGGUCCAGAACAACACCCUCCGCCUCAAAGAAAUUCAGCAAAGAAUAACACAGGACAAUCAACUGUUCCACAAUAUCCACCAAUGCAGUCUCUCCACAAUUGACCGUGUUCUAAGAAGAAAUGCUAUCCGAAUGAAGCAAGUAUACAAAGUGCCCUUUGAGAGGAACUCCAUUAGAGUGAAGGAGUUGCGAUUCCAGUUUGUUCAAAGAAUCUUGGAGUUGGAUAGCAGUGCAACUCAUUAUGAGUACCUGUAUAUUGAUGAAGCAGGCUUCAAUCUUCAAAAAAAAAGAAGAGGGAGAAAUGUGAUUGGCCAUCGUGCUACAGUCAAUGUCCCUGGACAACGAGGAGGCAACAUCACUCUCUGUGCAGCAAUUUCUACAACUGGUGUUGUGGCACACAAUGCUGUCUUGGGACCAUACAACACAGCAAGGCUCCUACAUUUUUUAAACCUCCUCAAUGAAAUCCUCUUUCCGCAGGGUGAUCAGGAGCAAAUGGUGCGGAAUUUUGUAGUUGUUUGGGACAAUGUCCAAUUCCACCAUUCAGCACUAGUGCGAGAGUGGUUUGAGAAUCACCCACAAUUCAGGAUGGUGUUUCUUCCACCAUAUUCUCCUUUCCUGAAUCCAAUUGAGGAAUUCUUCUCCUCUUGGAGAUGGAAUGUACAUGAUCGCAACCCUUACAACCAAAUGUAA